AGUAGAACACAGUAAAUGUGGAGAUAUCCAAAUAUGAUACAUGUACAAUGAAUCAGAGAUUGAAUAUGUACACAUACCUAUACAACGUAGCCUGUCUAUCAGCUACCCGGAAGUAAAUUGGUAUUGUCAGCUCUACAUAUACCGCCUCUACCGGUACAUGUCGGUGGGCUGCAAGCUUUAGUCAGUGACAUGAGUCAACGUGUGUUUCUGGAGUUGAUCCUACUACUUAUUCUGCUAGAUACUGCCCAGAUACGUCCUUGUGAGUCAGCUCCGGUUCUUGCCACCAACAGACGUGUUCCUGUGGAGGGUGUCAGCUUCACCAUCACCUGUACACUAGAUGCAGCUAUCACUUCCACUGCACGGUUCAUAAAAGGCCCUACUUCAGUCCGGGGAGGCUGCUUAUCGUCAGGCAACUGUGGGACAUCUGUGUCAGGAUACAAUGUGAGUCUGGACAGUACAUCCAGGAUCAUGUCUCUAGACAUCGCAUCAGCAGAUUCCACCAGAGACAGUGGGGCAUGGACAUGUAGUGUUGGUGCCUCAUUGUCAAAUACCAUCACACUGUCACAGUUUGCAGCUGUCCUGGACUGGAGCUCUGUGACCUUCUCUCCACAACUGACCUCUCUCCCGUCGUCCGUUACACCACAGAACAACAUCUCCGUCACUGUCACCACUCCAUGUGCUGUACCUUCCGCCGUCAUCACAUGGACAUACCAACAGGGUGUGAGUGGCGUCCCUCCCAGCAGUACAUCUUCCACCCAGGGAUCAUGUCCAUCAGGUCAGGUCCAGACAACCAACUCUCUGUCUCUACCAGGGAACACAGUCAGUCUCUACAACAGGCAGGUGUCUCUCACUGUCAGUGUGGAACAUGACUCCUUUGAUCCCCCGACGUAUACCAAGUCUGUCACUUCAAACACCAUACAGUUCCCUGUCCCAGUUACCUCAGUGACACUGACAAACAUCAGUUCUGAUAAUGAGAAGAUAGGACUAGUGGCAGGUCAAUCCCUGACCUUGACCUGUGUGACGUCAGCCAGUUUCCCCACUUCUACUGUGACCUGGGUGACCUUGCCAUCAGGAACGUCACCUACCGUCAGCACAGAGAAGACAUCUGGUGUCCUGGUGAAGACAACAAGCUCCGUCACAUUCACUGUCAGUAGGAGUGACCAGGGGAGGAGCAUUCGCUGUCAGGCUGAAAACAUCAACGGUCGGACAUCCCCGCAGUCUAACAGGGCCACACUGGAGGUUUGGUUCGGACCAGAGCAUGUUGAUAUGACAAAACCAGACAGCAACGUGACUUUAGAGAACAGUAACCUGACCUUGACCUGUGGUACCACCGGUUACCCCAACCUGACCUUCACCUGGGACUACAGCGAUGGAACACCUGUAGGUGGCAGCACGGGACCUGUAGCAGAAUCUUCUACUCGGUGGUCCCAGACUCUCAACUUCAGGCCAAACAAAGGCAAGGCAAGUGUAAGAUGUCACGUCAGAAACACACGAACAUCCACCACUAAGACUGGUUCCGUGUCACUAGAUGUCAAGUAUCCCCCGCCUGUCCCUCCUUCCAUCACACAGUUUCCGGCUCUGAUGUUUGAAGGAGACCCACAGACAAUCAGCUGCUCGGUAAAAGGAGGAAAUCCUCUAGCUACGAUCACGUGGUCCUGUCCUGGCACUGGAUCUGCAUCGGUCAGUGACAGUGGUCAGACAAGGACAUCUACUCUCUCCUUUACUGUUAGCAGGAGUCAGAAUGGUCAACAGUGUCAGUGUCAGGGGGCGUGGCAGUAUGGAGGAUACAACUACACUGAUGUCAGGACAUUCAACGUCAGCUGUCCCACAAACCCACAAAUACUCAGAGCCGAAUAUAACAUGACAGGUGUAAUAGCAGGAACCGCAAUAGGAACCCUACUUCUUACCUUACUGAUUGGAGCUCUAGUUCUGGCUGUCCUCUAUAGGAAGGGGUUCAGGUUUGGAAACGUCAUGACAGAAAAUGCUUCUCGAAAAAGCACCAGAAAUCCUGAAACUGAAGAAAUGGAAAACAUAGGAUAUUCAUCACUAGAUCACAUCAACAGUCCAGCUCAGUCCUCAAGCAUGGAUACAGAGGGUUCGGAAAGACAACAUUACACACAGCUGAAGAUUUAUGAGAAUACAAACGUUGAGACCAAAGCAGAGGCAAGUACAUACGAAGACAUGACAGAGAGGCCUGUUGUACCAUACGAGUCCAUCAGCGCAUCUCCAUACCAGAACAGCGGCGCUCAACCUCAAGAUCCUGGCUACGGGAAAACGUAAACCAAACAAGACCUGGGAUGUGAUCACUGGACAGUAAUACACAGGGCGUGAACUGAUAAUCAGUUUACUUGUGGGAUAGUUUUAUGUUAACAUAUGACUGUUACCUUAUUACAUAUGCCUUUGUUAUUUUAGCAUCUGCUGCGUUGUUUUAAGUAAACAUGUGACAUGUCACACAUUUCUUGACAUAACCCUAGUUUGCAAUUUGACUGGUUGACGCGACUUUUCAUUACUGUGUUUUUGAAUAGUGGAUACUUAUGCAUAAUACAUGAGUAUAUGUGUUGAGAUUUAACUAUGAAUUAUCUCAAGUGGCAAAGGACAUUAACUCUUACAGCAGUCCAAUUUAGAAUCUCGAAUAUAUCAGAAACAUUAAUAGUCUGUAUAAGUUAAUCGUGUAUGUCACCUGCUCCGAUAGUUGAGCAAGUCUUCUUCAAUGUUAUACGAAUAUGUCUGAUAUUCCAUUCUAUACUCAUGCCAAUAAUGGUUGUCACCCCCUUC